UAUGAUGGCAAAGAAAAAUACAUUGUGCGUUCUUAAAGGAGCACUGAUGAUUUACGAGCGCUGGAUGUGUUUUCCCAUCAUGCACCGCUCCCCGAGUCGACAUGGCUGCGUCCGGCUGACGAGAUCAGAAGUUAUCUGCUCUGCCGCUGUUCAUUUUUUUUUUUUUUUUUAAUUGUUAUUCUUUUCGUUUCAUAUUAUUUAAUAAACGAUUUGGAAUAUUGCACGGCACCCCCGAAAAUGUUUCUUCUGGUGACUUUACAGCUGCUGGCUGCAAGUUUACACGCCUUUGCGGCCGACACAGACGGUGUGUCCGAGGAGGGCUGGAGCAGCUCAGACUACCUGCUGUGGAUGUGGCAGAGCAGAUGGUACGGGUACUGCGCCGGAGCGCUGCUCUUCGCUCUGUGGCUCACUGUGAACACGGCCAGGGAGAAGAAGAACGCUGUCCAACUUGCCAACUCCACGCAACAUAAAAUUGUUAAAGCAAAUGGAUAUUUGGUUGAAAAGGAGCAGAAGAUAUAUGUGUCAGGGGUGAAGAUAUUUUUUGGAUCACAGACUGGAACAGCCAAGGGAUUUGCCAGAAAUCUGGCUGAAGAUCUUCAUGCCCUAGACCUUAUAGCAGAGGUGAUCGACUUGAAAGACUAUGACCCUGAAGACAGCCUUUCCGAUGAAUGUACUAGUAAAGCAAUUUGCGUGUUCCUGCUGGCCACAUACACCGACGGGCUGCCCACAGAGAAUGCUGAGUGGUUCUGCAAAUGGCUGGAGGAGGCCUCUACUGACUUCCGAUAUGGCCAGACAUACCUGAAAGGCAUGAGAUAUGCUGUGUUUGGCCUCGGAAACUCUGUUUACACGGGACACUAUAAUACUGUGAGCAAGAACGUAGACAAGUGGCUGUGGAUGCUGAGCGCAGCCCGCAUUUUGACGCGCGGUGAGGGUGAUGCCAAUGUGGUGAAGAGCCGCCACGGCAGCUUGGAGGCUGAUUUUGGGAGCUGGAAAGCCCGCCUUCUGAAGCGUCUGGAAGCCCUGGUCCGUGGGGAGAAGAAGGCGUGCAGUGGGAAGUGCAAGAAGGGGACCUGUAAGAGCAAGGGCAAGGGGAAGGUCCUGGAGCAGUCAGAGCACCACAGCUCAGAGGAGCAGCUGAUGGAGACCAGCAGUGACGCAGAAUCUGCCACAGGAGAAGAAGCAGACCACCGCUCUGUUGUUGACAUGGAAGACCUCGGGAAUGUCAUGAAUCUCAUGAGGAAAGCUAAGGAUGAGGUAGAAGAUAGUCGACAGGAGCUGAAAAGGAGAAAGAGUGAGGAAGAAGAACACAGGGAGAUGAUCACUCCGGCGCUGAGGGAGGCCCUCACUAAGCAAGGAUACAAAUUAAUAGGAAGUCAUUCAGGAGUGAAGCUGUGUCGUUGGACAAAGUCCAUGCUGCGAGGGAGGGGAGGCUGUUACAAACAUACGUUUUAUGGGAUUGAAUCACACCGCUGCAUGGAGGCGACCCCCAGCCUUGCAUGUGCCAACAAGUGUGUCUUCUGCUGGAGACACCACACCAACCCGGUGGGAACAGAGUGGCGCUGGAAAAUGGACCCACCCGAGAUAAUUCUUCAGGAAGCCCUGCAGAACCACCAGAAUAUGAUCAAGCAAUUCAGAGGGGUGCCGGGUGUGCGGCCAGAGCGGUUUGAGGAGGGCCUAACAGCGAAGCACUGUGCACUGUCCCUGGUGGGUGAGCCCAUCAUGUACCCAGAGAUCAAUGCCUUCAUCAGGUUGCUGCACCGUCAGCGCAUCUCCAGUUUUCUGGUGACCAACGCUCAGUUCCCUGAAGAGAUCAGGUCCCUGGUGCCCGUGACCCAGCUGUAUGUCAGUGUGGAUGCCAGCACCAAGGACAGCCUGAAGAAGAUUGACCGGCCACUCUUCAAGGACUUCUGGCAGCGCUUUCUGGAUAGUCUCAAGGCUCUGGGGGAGAAGCAACAACGCACCGUGUACCGACUUACCUUGGUCAAGGCUUGGAAUGUAGAUGAGCUGAAGGCCUAUGCUGACCUUAUUUCCUUGGGUCAACCGGACUUUAUUGAGGUGAAGGGUGUGACGUACUGCGGAGAAAGCUCAGCUAGCAACCUGACCAUGGCCAAUGUGCCCUGGCACGAGGAGGUUGUCCACUUUGUGCGCCAGCUGGCUGACCUGCUCCCAGACUACGACAUUGCGUCAGAACAUGAGCAUUCCAACUGCCUCCUCAUUGCCCACCGCAAGUUUAACGUCGAGGGCCAGUGGUGGACGUGGAUUGACUAUGAGCGGUUCCAAGAGUUUGCUCAGCUCUAUGAGGAGAGUGGAGGUCAGCGAACCUUCUCUGCCGAGGACUACAUGGCCAGGACCCCAGACUGGGCUUUGUUUGGAGCUAAAGAGAGAGGCUUUGAUCCAGCAGACACCCGAUUCCAAAGAAAGAACAAGACCAAAGAUAUCUCAGGGUGUUGACAUCAUCUUCCCUGAAAGAUCUCUUCAGCUGGAGUUCAUUGUACUGUUAAAUGGAGUACACCUGUUACUCUCUGGCACAGUGGUAUUCAAAUGAAACUGGUUUUUAUAUUCGAGUUCAUGUUCAGCUCUUGCAUCCACAGGUUUGAUCAUGGAAAUUAUGUCAAGAUAGUCUUUUUGCUUCCUCCUUCCAUGCUUUUCCAGUCCUUUGUCGCUGUCGUCAAUAGAUCCAUUGAUAUGUUUGACUUUAUAGUGGUUUUUAAAAAUGUCAGCCUUUUAAUUUGCCACCUUUUUAUAUUUACCUUCAUACUGAAUUAAUGUUCUAGUCAGUAGGCCUGAUGUGAAUCUUUAAAAUGCCCAUGAGAUCUCAGUUGGAGGAUGGACUGAACUUUCAGAUAAUUUUCUUUGUUUCCUAACUGUGCCCUAAAGAGGGCUUAUUAUUAUAGUCUGCGAGAGAAAGGAGAAAGACUGUGUUCCAUCUGAAAUGCUGAGGUACGCACACAGGUACACACCUCUCAGUGCCCUCUUCAAACUCCUUCAUUGAGAAGACAGAAAAUUCAAGCAUAAAAUCCAACCACAGAGUUUUGUUUUGGGUGUUUAUUCCCUUGUUCUUUUCUGUAGGUGCCCACAGCUGCUUUGAACAAGGAUAUGAUGUGUUUCUACUAUCUACUACAAUAAAAUGCCCGAAGGCC